AUGCAUACGUUCACAAGAGAGUCAGUUCAGUUCUGCGAGAGGACAAGAGAGUCCGUUCACUCCUGCAAGGGGACAAGAGGGUCAGUUCAGUCCUGCGAGGGCACAAGAGAGUCAGUUCAGUUCUGCAAGGGGACAAGAGAGUCAGUUCAGUCCUGCGAGGGCACAAGAGAGUCUCUUCAGUCCUGCGAGGACACAAGAGAGUCAGUUCAGUCCUGCGAGGGCACAAGAGAGUCAGUUCAGUCCUGCGAGGGGACAAGAGAGUCAGUUCAGUCCUUACGAGGGGACAAGAGAGUCAGUUCACUCCUGCGAGUGGGCAAGAUAGUCAGUUCACUCCUGCGAGGGGGUAAGAGAGUCAGUUCAGUCCUGCGAGGGGGCAAGAGAGUCAGUUCAGUCCUGCAAGGGAACAAGACAGUCAGUUCAGUCCUGCGAGGGGACAAGAGAGUCAGUUCACUCCUGCGAGUGGGCAAGAUAGUCAGUUCACUCCUGCGAGGGGGCAAGAGAGUGAGUUCAGUCCUGCGAGUGGGCAAGAGAGUCAGUUCAGUCCUGCAAGGGAACAAGAGAGUCAGUUCAGUCCUGCGAGGGGACAAGAGAGUCAGUUCAGUCCUGCGAGGGGACAAGAUAGUCAGUUCACUCCUGCGAGGGGGCAAGAGAGUCAGUUCAGUCCUGCGAGGGCACAAGAGAGUCAGUUCAGUCCUGCUAUGGCACACAGUGUUUCUCUUUCUCCUCUUUCUACAUGGCCUCCUGGCUAUCGAUUAUCAUCAUAUCCAGGAAGAUAGGUAA